AUGGACACGCAGUUUUCUAGCGGAACUUGCCCUGGUAUUCGGCUAGAUGAGGCAAAUGGCAAUGACGGUGGCACACUCUGGUGCACGAGCAGGAACUAUUUUAGAGCCCAUCAAGUUCUAAAAGACAGGAAUUCUAAAGGGAUGACGAUGUGUCCUCGGGCAAGACCAAGACCAGAAUCCGAAAGUUCCACUGAGGUUAGAUGGGUUUCUGGUGCCACUGAACCCAUGAAGAAGGCUAGUGUUGGUAAGAAGGGAAGGGAGAGGGAAGCUGAGAAGGCUGAGAUUGCCAUGCAUCUCAUUUGCUGUGGUCCUCGUUAG